UCAGAAGUCUAAUGGUUUCUCUGGAAGUCAGAAGUCUGAAAGGGAUCAUGAGUCAGCAGCUUCCCUGAAAUCACCAAUGAAAAGACGUAAACAAGAAAACCGAAGAGUGUUUUUGGUGAAAUAACGCUGCUUCAGUCACGAGGGAGUGCAGCCCUCGCACACCGGGCCUUUUGUCUCGCUCCUUCAGAGCGCUGACAUCACAGCCUGCAUGUGCUAGGAGGGGAGAGCACCAAAGCAGUGCUGCUGGGACUGACCUUCCUGCACAGAGGAACCACAACGCUGCAUCAAAAUGAGUGUCAACAAUGUACUUCUCCUGAGUGUUGCUGUCAUGUUGUUGACUCCCUCCACCGCCACACAAGUGGGUUUGAAUGAGAAGGUUCUGGUCUUCCCCUAUGAGACGGACUUCAGCUUCGUGGCUUUGAUCCCACAGAAGAAAAUGGAGCUCCAGGCCUUCACCCUCUGCAUGCGCGUGGCCACUGAGCUGCCAGAGGAGCGGGAGAUCAUUCUGUUCGCCUACCGCACGGCCGACUACGACGAGCUUAACGUGUGGCGUGAAAAGGACGGGCGGGUGUCCCUUUACAUGAGCGGGGACGGCGCCUUCUUCCACCUCCCUCCCCUCACCACGUUCCGCUCCAGCCUCUGCCUCACCUGGGAGUCUCGCACCGGCCUCACCGCGUUCUGGGUGGAUGGCAGACGCAGCACCUACCAGGUCUACAAACCGGGUCACAGCAUCCGCCCGAAAGGCACCGUCCUGCUGGGGCAAGACCCGGAUAAACACCUGGGGGGGUUUGAGGCCACGCAGAGCUUUGUGGGGGAGGUGACUGACCUGAACAUGUGGGACUCUGUGCUCUCGAGGAGCAUGAUUCAGGCCUGGCACUACGGACACAAGGUGUCCAAGGGGAACAUCUUCGACUGGUCCAGCAUAGAGUACGAGCUGAACGGGAACGUGAUGGUGGUGCAUGACGACUGACUCCAGGAGAGGUCCGACACAGACAGGAGUCAGACUCUGGAGGCCGGUCUCGGUGUGGUGCUGAUGUGUUUUUGUCUUUCUUAGACUCAGACAGGAGCUUCUGUCUGUCCUGAAUUAACCCCUGGAUGUUUGGGUGAAUGGACAGAAGGAUUUAUGAUCAUUUGAUUUUAUUUUUGCAUGAUCUUCUAACAAAUAAAAAAAAAAUACUUCAAAUUUUCAAAAGCAAAUAUGCUCUUAAAAUUCAGCUAAACCCCUAAAACACUAAUAAAAGAUUAUUGUUAUAGUAUAAAAAAAUGAGGCCACAAAAUUUUUCACCUUAUGCUGGAAUAAUAACCAUCUUUUUUAUUAUCAUUAUUUAAAAUAGAUCGAAAGUAAGCUAUAAAAAAUAUUUGUAUUAAGUCAAAAAGUAACAGAAAUCGCUUUUCUUUUUAGAUAUAAAAUUAAAUUGUGUGUUACCAGAUGGUGGCGCUCUGCUCUAACAUCCAAAUGUAAAGAUUUUACUUUUAGUCUCAUACACUUCUGAGAUUUAUAAGACAAAGUUUAAAUUUGUACAAGUUGUGAAUAAAUAUGAACUAAAACAUGAUCCUGAGAGUUUUAAAGAAACUAUUGACAUCCUAUAAUAAGAGCUCAAAUGGAAUCAAAUAUUAUUUAGCAGAAUUAAAAAAAUAUUUCACGAUCAGCUUGAAUUAAAACCAUUGACGUGAAUGAUAAUGGACCGCUCAAACUCCCCCUUUUUCCGUGUUGCAAAUCGGAAGUACCCGCGGGUCGCAAGUAGCCCAAAGUCCCAUAGACUUCCAUUGAGAAACAGACUGUUAUUUCUCAAUCAUUUUAUUUGUCAGAAUAACCAUUGUUGCUCUGAUGUUUCCUUCUUAACACGCUCUUUCUAAUCCCAAUUUUUUUUAACGAUUUUUUUCCUUAUCGUCAUUUUUUUCAAGUUAUAAACUGACCAAUCAGAUGCCUCAGUAAUAGCAUGUGGCUCCCGCUGGCCCCGCCUCAAAUGUUGACAAAUUCCUCCAUGCCAUUUUUAGUGGGAGGGGUGUGGCCUUCAAACUAGCCAGAACAAGCUCACUCCUCAUUGGUUGACAGUACUUCCUGUAGAAACGUGACUCAGACUCGGAGUAAUCGCUGUCGACAGCUCUGGCGAGGACCGAAGGUGAUGCAUUUCCUAUGGGGGACCUCAACGCUUGUUAUGUCCAGUUCUAUUUAGACUUUCUAUGAUUAAAACUAGAAAAGUUGCAUUACCUGCGAUAAUGCUAGUGUGAAUGCCUUUUGCUGAAAAUAGUAGUUGCUGAAAAUGCUGAAGCUUUUUGCUGAAAAUGGUGAUGUAAUUUACUUUAAUUGCUAAAGGGAUUUGCUUAAAAUGCAAUUUGCUAUUUGCAAAUUGUCAAGUUUGCUAAUAGACUGGACACUUCAUAUGAAAGAGUGCUAAAGAUGAUCUAAAUUUCUGAAAAUUCUGUAGCAAAACUGCUUAAAAAUCCCUACUAUAUGCCAAUUUUGCAAAAGUAUGUAGUGUGUUGCUUAAAUAUGAGCUAAAUUCCAAAUUAGCCCCAAAACUUGUAGUAGAUUUCAAAUUAGCCCAAAAAAAAGCUAGCUCGUUACUUAAUACUAGCAAAACUCCAAAUUAGCCCAAAUAAUCUUAGUGGAUUUCAAAUUAGCAACAACAAAAAAAA